CACGGGCGCAGCCCUGUGACCUCAUAGAGCGGCGCCCGCAGUCUGAACUCGCGAUGCCAGGCAGGCUCCAUGGUUCUCGCCUCACUUCAUCGUCGUCACCGCUCAGCGUCCGGGAAGCCGCGCAGGAGCGUGUGUGAAUUGGAAGCGGUUUCGGACGUGGAUGCGGCGUUUUGUCGCUGCUAGUGGUGUCUGGAGAGGUUCGGGCUCGGUCCUUAGGUCCUGGCUCCCAGAAGCAAGAUAACUCAAGUGAAGCAAUGAAGGAAGAAGAGGGAGGUUGCUGGCCUUGGAUAUCAUAAUUUCCGGGGACAACUUUAAGUGGACACUAAUAUUUCUGACUAGGAAAACUUCAUGGCAAAUGCAGAAGAGACAAAGACGUAUAGUCCAUGUUUUCCACUAUUUUCUGAGCACAGAAGAAAAUGAUCAAGACCCAGGAAUCACUGACCCUGGAGGACGUGGCUGUGGAAUUCAGCUGGGAGGAGUGGCAGCUCCUGGACACUGCUCAGAAGAACCUGUACCGGGAUGUGAUGGUGGAGAACUAUAACCACCUAGUAUCACUGGGGUAUCAAACUAGCAAACCAGAUGUACUCUCCAAGUUGGCGCAUGGACAAGAACCAUGGAUAACAGUUGCUAAAAUCCAGAAUAAAAAUUGUCCAGGAAUCGGGAAAGUUGACAGUCUUCUGCAAGAGCACUCUCUAAACCAAAGACUUCUGAAGAGUGUGCAGCAAUGCAAUGGACAGAAUACACUUAGAAAUACUGUACAUCUCAGCAAGACACAUUUUCCUAUAGUGCAAAAUCAUGAUACAUUUGACUUGUACAGAAAAAAUUUGAAAUCAAGUUUAAGUUUAAUAAACCAGAAGAGAAGACAUGGAAUAAAUAACCCUGUUGAGUUUAUUGGAGGUGAGAAAACGCUUAAGCACGAAUGUAUGCAUGCUAAAACUAGAUUUUCUGAAAAUGCAAAAUGCAUCCAUACUAAAUUCCAAGUCUUUAAGCAUCAGAGGACUCAGAAAAUUGAGAAACCCCAUGCAUGUAUUGAAUGUAAGCAAACCUUCCUUAGGAAGUCUCAGCUCAUUUACCAUGAGAACAUUCAUAUACCAGAAAAUCCUGGAAGUGGUCAAUGUGAGAAAUUAUCCAGAAGUGUCCUGUUCACUAAGCAUCUGAAAACUAAUACAAGAGACAAAAUCUGUAUACCCAAUGAAUAUAGAAAAGGCUCUACUGUGAAGAGUAGUCUCAUUGCACAUCAACAAACCCAUACAGAAGAGAAAUCCUAUAUGUGCAGUGAGUGUGGAAAGGGCUUUACAAUGAAGCGCUAUCUAAUUGCUCAUCAGCGAACUCAUAGUGGAGAGAAACCUUAUGUGUGCAAUGAAUGUGGAAAAGGUUUCACUGUGAAGAGCAAUCUCAUUGUACAUCAGCGAACUCAUACAGGGGAGAAACCCUAUAUAUGCAGUGAAUGUGGAAAAGGCUUCACCAUGAAACGCUAUCUUGUUGUACAUCAGCGAACUCAUACUGGAGAGAAACCCUAUAUAUGCAGUGAAUGUGGAAAAGGCUUUACCGUGAAGAGCAAUCUCAUUGUACAUCAGCGCUCCCAUACAGGAGAAAAAUCUUACAUAUGCAGCGAAUGUGGAAAAGGCUUCACUGUCAAACGCACUCUCAUUAUACAUCAGCGAACUCAUACAGGAGAGAAAUCUUACAUAUGCAAUGAAUGUGGUAAAGGCUUCACCACAAAGCGCACUCUUAUUAUACAUCAGCGAACUCAUACAGGAGAAAAACCCUAUGAAUGCAAUGAAUGUGGUAAAGCCUUCAGCCAGAAAAUAUGCCUCAUACAACAUGAGAGAUGUCAUACAGGAAAGACUCCCUUUGUAUGUACUGAGUGUGGAAAAUCCUAUUCACACAAAUAUGGUCUCAUUACCCAUCAGAGAAUUCACACAGGAGAGAAACCUUAUGAGUGCAAUGAAUGUGGAAAAGCUUUCACCACAAAGUCAGUACUCAAUGUACAUCAAAGAACGCAUACAGGAGAGAGGCCGUAUGGAUGCAGUGAUUGUGAGAAAGCCUUCUCCCACUUAUCAAACCUUGUCAAACAUAAGAAAAUGCACACAAGAGAAAUGGGUAGAAUCAGUCAAGUUGAAAACUCCUGUAAUGAAGAGUCACAGCUCCUUCCUUACAAGUGAACUCAUACAGAAUGAAAACCCUACUAGUGCAGUGAGGCCAGGCACGGUGGCCCACGCCUGUAAUCCCAGCACUUUGGGAGGCCGAGGCAGGUGGAUCACGAGGUCAGGAGAUCAAGACCAUCCUGGCUAACACAGUGAAACCCCAUCUCCACUAAAAAUACAAAAAAUUAGCCAGGCAUGGUGGCGGGUGCCUGUAGUCCCAGCUACUAGGGAGGCUGAGGCAGGAGAAUUGUGUGAACCCAGGAGGCAGAGCUUGCAGUGAGCCGAGACCACGCCACUGUACUCCAGCCUGGGUGACAGAGCGAAACUCAGUCUCAAAAAAAAAAAAAAAAAAAAAAAAACCCUACUAGUGCAGUGACUAUGGAAAUGCCUUUUGUGGCAACUCAGACUUCAUUAAACAUCAGUGUGUUUCUAGCCAUUUGGAACAUAAACAUGGUGCGGCCUGUUGACAGAUGUGUGUCUGUCCUCAGGAGUUAAAAUAAUUUGCCCUAGAGAUCAACUUGAUGAAUACAGUAAAUAAGGUAGUGCCUUCAGUGGUCUUUUACCUCAUAUGUUCUGUCAAUGAAAACAUGUUGAAUAAACUAUAUUAAUGUGGAGAUGUUUUGAGCAAUAAUUUCUGCUCAUAUGUCUGAAAAGUAUACAGAGAUAAAUUCUGUGAAUGCAGAGACUAGGAAAAGUCUGUGGAAAGAUAGACUUUAUUAUCGGUGUCAUCAUAGAUUUCAAUGUAAGUGAGCUUAUUGUUGAUAGAAAUAUGAUGACCAUGACAAAGCCUUUACUCAGAAAUAUGACCUCGGUGAGUGUCAACGUUUACGCUGGAGAAUAAGGUGACAGUAUUAAUGGUAGGAUUUCAGUGACGCACUCAGCUUCAUCAUUUGUCAGGAGAUCACAUAGAAAGUAAAAUUGUUCCGAACAUGCUAUCAAAUAAAUGUGGAACACCUUUAGCAAAACAUCAAGAGCUCAUGAAGGCAUGAAAUGUGGUGAAAAUGAUGAAUAUUUGAGUGCUUAACCUUAAACAUCAGCUAAUACACCUGGUGUGCAUUUUCAGACAGGAUACCUUAAUCCUCAUUUCUAGUUGCCUUGCCAAUGAUUCCAUAAUAUACUGUGUCUCAUUACUGUUUAUUUUUACUGUUUUGUAAAAUUGUGGUAUAAUAAGAAAUACAUUUGGUCUUUGUUCCUGGUUCCUGGCACAGAGCUCCUAAAACCCUUAAAAUUUCAUGAGUGAUAGGAGUGGGGUUUUUUUGUUUGGUUGGUUGGUUUUUGCUGCUGUUGUUAUUCAUAGCACUGCCCUUUUCAUUACACCUGAUUAUACUACUGAGGUGACUUAUGGUUGGUGCCUAGACAGCCUCUGAAUGGGGCUGUUCCCUAGGAAGAUCAAGUUAACUAGAGGAUGGAAACUUUGUGCCCAUUUCUCCCACCUCCUGGAAGGGGAGGGGGGCUGGAGAUGAGAUUAGACAAUGAGAUUAAGAGAACUCCAAAUAGCCCAGGAGGGUGGUGUACCCCCAACUUCAUAGGGAUAGCGACUCCUAAGAUUAGGGGAACCCUUUUUAGGCUUUACUCUAUGUACCUCUUCAUUUGAGUGUUGAUUUGCGUCCUUUAUAACCAGUAAAACAAAGUACACUGUUUUCUUGAGUUUUGUGAGCCCUGUAGCAAAUUAUCAAACCUGAGUAGGGGUAGUGGGAACUCGGAAUUUAUCACCAUUCAGAACUGCAGGUUGUCCUUGUGAGUGGCGUCUGAUGUGGGGGCAGUUUGGACUCAGCCCCUUAACUUGUGGAGCCUGCACUAACCUGGAGAAGUUGGUGUCAGAAUUAACUUGUAGAACACCCAGUUGGUGUGGGGGAAUUAGAUAAUUUAUUGGUGUCAGGAAAUACCCCAGAACCACCCCAUAUUAUGAUUAGCUCUUUUCCUGUCUUUGGCUCUAAGCUUAAUAGUCCAUUAAGCAAACUGAAGUAGUUUAAAAAGAAACUGAAUAUGUUAAAUAUAUUAACAACAUAUUUGGACUUGCUUGACUAAGAUUAUACAGAUGAUCAGUUUAUAAAACCACCUUCAACUUAAAUAAAUUUGAACUCAAAAGAAAUUGCCAAACUAAUCUAGAGGCUUUGCUAGUAUCCUUCAACCAACUUCUAGGAAAAACAUCCUACAUAACCAUAAUUAUCAAAACCAGAAAAAACAACAUUGGUAGGAUACCAUAAAGUAAACUAAUCUUAUUUGGGAUUUGACUAAGUUUUACAUGAUUAUUUCUUAGUUUGUAAGUUGUAUUACAUGUAUAGAUUCGUGUAACCACUGCAACCACAUAAAACUAUUUAAUGAACACAAACUUCCUCAUGCUACCUUUUUAUGCUUACACUCCAUCCAAACCUAACUCUGCCAACCAUUUUUCUCCUGUCAGUAUAAUUUUCAUCAUUUCAUGAAUGUGAUAAAAAUAAAGUUGUUUUUGUAAAUGGUUUUUGUAAAUUUUAUAUAAAUAAGUUAUAUAAAUUUUUGUUGAUAGUAUGUAAGCUUUUGGCAUUUUUGUCACUCAGCAAAUUACUCCUAAGGUUUAUAUGAGUUGAUGAAUAAUUGUUUUAUUAUUAUUUUUUUUACCACCAUGUAUCUAACCAGAUGAAAGUUGUUUAUAUUAGAGAGUAGUAUACAUAUUUGAUGUACUAGUUUGUUUAUCCAUUCACCUAUGAGAGAGAUUUGCACUGUUUUCCUGGUUUUAAGUGUUAUAAAUAAAGAUGCUGUGAAAUCUA